UUGCAUCAUUCCUUUUUCAACGUAUACACUGUGACACCCUUUUUCUCCGCCGGUACUGUUUCUGGUCAUUUCGGUAGCAUUUUUUGUGAAUCUCUAGUUUCUAACAGUAACCAUAAUGGAAACAUUGUAUAGUGUUCCGUUUAUGCUGUUUGAGGUGCCUAAUCUCAAGUUGAAGAAGCCCUCCUGGUUCCAGCAGCCGUCAGCUAUGACGGUGUUUUCAUUUGUUCUGUUAUCUUAUUUUCUAGUCACUGGUGGAAUUAUCUAUGAUGUAAUAGUCGAGCCUCCGAGUGUAGGAUCCACAACUGACGAACAUGGUCACUCUCGUCCUGUAGCCUUCAUGCCAUACCGAGUGAAUGGACAGUACAUCAUGGAAGGAUUGGCCAGUAGCUUUCUGUUUACAAUCGGUGGCCUUGGGUUUAUAAUCAUGGAUCAAACGCACACUCCGGGAAAACCUAAACUCAACAAAAUCCUCCUAAUUUCGAUGGGAUUCAUCUUUAUCCUGGUAUCGUUUUUCACAACAUGGAUUUUCAUGCGUAUGAAACUGCCUGGAUAUUUGCAACCUUAAAACAGUUCACUUUGCUUUUAAUUAAGCAUAUUUUAUUGUGCGUAAUAAUUACACGAGUACGAAUGACAUAAAUAAACGUUCUUAUUCACAAAUAUCUAAUAUCUGGCGAGCAGUACAAUAUGUUUUUAUAGAAAAGAGA